CAAAUUUGAUUUAUAAAGAAAUGAAAAGAAACAACAGUUCUUUUGGAUAAUAAGAAACUGUUUACCAAUUUUCUAAGCCUAAUUCAAUGUAAGAAAUAAAUUGUAAGACAAUUAAAUAAAAAAGCAUCGAUAUGCAUAAGCCAAGGAUAUUAAUAAAAUAAUUCACUAAACUAGUUAUUUGGAAGUAGAUUCUUAGGAGAAUGGGAGGAAGAAAUGUAUACAGUUACAAGAAAAUAUGUUGCUACUUAGACAAAUGGUUUAAAUUUAUAUACAACUUAUUGUUCUCCUUAAAAUCCUAUUGCCACUAUUGUAAUUAUACAUGGAUACGGAGAUCACUCUGGAAGAUAUUUUCAUGUAUGAUAUCUGAAUGAUGAGAUUAGGUAGCUGAUGAAUAUGCUAAAUCAGGGUUUUAAGUAAUACUUUAUGAUUAAAGGGGAUUUGGAAAUUCUGGAGGAAUUAGAAGUCAUGGUCAUAUUAAAUAAAUGCAUCAAGAUCUUGAAUGCAUACUAUUAACUAUAGAAAGAUCUUAACCAAUAUUUUUAUAAUGUUAAUCAUUAGGAGCAGCAGUUGGUCUGAGUUUUUGUAUUUCAAAUCCUUCUUUAAUUCUUUAAGGAGUUAUUGUUGUUAAUCCAUAUCUGCAAUUUGCCUAAAAAUAUGGAAUCUUUAAAAAGACUCUUCUUACUUUAAUGAAUAAAAUUAUUCCAGUAUGAUACUAAUAAAUUUUUAGGGUUUGAUGGUCAAUUCUUAUAUUGAUUAUGGCCAUUGUAGUAAAGACAAUUAUGUAAUCAAAAAUGUAGCUGAGGAUAGUCUUGUUUAACCAUUUAUGAGUAUAGGAAUGGCAUAUAAUAUUUUAUAAUUAGAAUAAUAUAUCUUACCUAAUUUAUCAUAGUAAAUACUUUAUUAAAAUAUUUUAGAUUUGUUUAACCUUUAUUAAUUUUACAUGGAAAAGAGGACAAAGUGGCAAGUCAUAUGAAUUCUGUUGAACUUUAUAGACUGGCUGGAUCUAAAGAAAAAACCUUAAAAUUAUUUGAUAAAGGAUUUCAUGAAUUAUAAAAUGAUGUUGAAUUUGAAAGAGCCNUAGUAAAAGAGAAUAGUUAGAAUGAUAAUUUAAAACAUAAAUUAUUCAUAUCAAAUUUGAUUUAUAAAGAAAUGAAAAGAAACAACAGUUCUUUUGGAUAAUAAGAAACUGUUUACCAAUUUUCUAAGCCUAAUUCAAUGUAAGAAAUAAAUUGUAAGACAAUUAAAUAAAAAAGCAUCGAUAUGCAUAAGCCAAGGAUAUUAAUAAAAUAAUUCACUAAACUAGUUAUUUGGAAGUAGAUUCUUAGGAGAAUGGGAGGAAGAAAUGUAUACAGUUACAAGAAAAUAUGUUGCUACUUAGACAAAUGGUUUAAAUUUAUAUACAACUUAUUGUUCUCCUUAAAAUCCUAUUGCCACUAUUGUAAUUAUACAUGGAUACGGAGAUCACUCUGGAAGAUAUUUUCAUGUAUGAUAUCUGAAUGAUGAGAUUAGGUAGCUGAUGAAUAUGCUAAAUCAGGGUUUUAAGUAAUACUUUAUGAUUAAAGGGGAUUUGGAAAUUCUGGAGGAAUUAGAAGUCAUGGUCAUAUUAAAUAAAUGCAUCAAGAUCUUGAAUGCAUACUAUUAACUAUAGAAAGAUCUUAACCAAUAUUUUUAUAAUGUUAAUCAUUAGGAGCAGCAGUUGGUCUGAGUUUUUGUAUUUCAAAUCCUUCUUUAAUUCUUUAAGGAGUUAUUGUUGUUAAUCCAUAUCUGCAAUUUGCCUAAAAAUAUGGAAUCUUUAAAAAGACUCUUCUUACUUUAAUGAAUAAAAUUAUUCCAGUAUGAUACUAAUAAAUUUUUAGGGUUUGAUGGUCAAUUCUUAUAUUGAUUAUGGCCAUUGUAGUAAAGACAAUUAUGUAAUCAAAAAUGUAGCUGAGGAUAGUCUUGUUUAACCAUUUAUGAGUAUAGGAAUGGCAUAUAAUAUUUUAUAAUUAGAAUAAUAUAUCUUACCUAAUUUAUCAUAGUAAAUACUUUAUUAAAAUAUUUUAGAUUUGUUUAACCUUUAUUAAUUUUACAUGGAAAAGAGGACAAAGUGGCAAGUCAUAUGAAUUCUGUUGAACUUUAUAGACUGGCUGGAUCUAAAGAAAAAACCUUAAAAUUAUUUGAUAAAGGAUUUCAUGAAUUAUAAAAUGAUGUUGAAUUUGAAAGAGCCAAAAAUAUUAUAAAAACUUGGUGCUAGAAAUAAAUUAUUAAAGAUAAAAGAAUAAGUAUUCUCUAAGCCAGUAUUUAAAGGUUAUUUUAGAGAAAUGAAUCACGGUUUAGUAGCAAAACAUAACAAUAGUACAAAAAUGAUUAUUUUCUAAUGGAUACUAAUAUAUUUCAUGUUGAGGAAGUAUUAUUAAACUUUCAUUAUUUAGUAAGAUGAAAAAUUUAGGAAGAAUAGCUCGAUUUAUUUGUAUAUUAGCAUUAAUGAUAGCCUCACUUAUUGUACAUAUAAGAUGGUGAU